GCCUUGCUGUCGUCAUGGGCCAGUGGUAGCGCCGGAACGCAGUGGCCAGUCAGGUCACUUAUGGCAGGCCAAACUGCGUUUAAAGCUGCCCUAUUGCCUCUCGCAUGGGGCUUCUUCUUGCAUCUACCCAUACCUCUCCCCCUACUACUCAUACACACGCGCCCACACACCACCAUGGCUGAGCAGUACGAGCAAUAUUUUGACGAGUACCAGGAGCUCGGGGAGGACGUGACUCCCGCCAACUUGCCCCCGCAGCACCUGGUCUAUGCGAUCGCGUAUGGUGCAUACCACCGGAUAGUGUCCGCCGACGGCGCGCCAAAGCACAAGCACGAGCGCGUGGGGUAUCUCGAGCUGGCAGCGACCAAGGUCGUCGGCGAUGUCAAGGGACGCGACUUUGGGGGACGGGUCGACCCCGACGCGGCGGAGAAGCUCGUCGUCAAGGAGCUCGACACCAUGUCCGACCAGUUCCAGGACCAGUACAACCAGGUUCAGAACCUCGCCCCUGAGGAGCACCGCGCCAAGCUCACGCACGAGCUCGCUGCUGGCGCCGUCUCGUACGAGGCUGCCAAGAAGUACGAGGAGUACCGCGCCCAGAACGGCGAGCCCGACAGCCACGCCAAGCGCGACGAGAUCAUCGCCGGCUUUGCGGGUGCCAUUGGCGACCGCGAGUUCGAGACCAAGGGCCUCGACUGGCUCGACCGCGACAAGGUCGUCCAGGACGCCACGCAGCAGCUUAAGUACUUAUAA